UUCUCUAUCUUUCUGUAGGAGUAUGUUCUGGCUCAUACCGAGAUGCCCACCACCCUUGAAGGAGCAGAAGCUGCCAUUAAGAAACAGGAGGACUUCAUGACCACCAUGGAUGCCAAUGAGGACAAGAUCAACGGAGUGGUGGAGGCCGGAAGGAGACUGGCCAGUGACGGAAACAUCAAUGCCGACCGCAUCCAGGAGAAAGCAGCCUCCAUCGAUGACCGGCAUAAGAAGAACCGUGAGGCGGCCGUGGAGCUGCUCAUGAGGCUGAAGGACAACAGAGACCUGCAGAAGUUCUUGCAGGACUGCCAGGAGCUGUCCCUGUGGAUCAAUGAGAAGAUGCUGACAGCACAGGACAUGUCCUACGAUGAGGCUCGCAACCUGCACAGCAAAUGGCUCAAACACCAGGCCUUCAUGGCCGAACUACAGUCCAACAAAGAAUGGCUGGACAAAAUCGAGAAG